AGACCACUAUUAACCACUUGAUAUAAAACCAGGCCAUGCUGAGGACUUACUAAAGAAUGUUAGAUUCAUGCUGUUCUGUGCUGUUAGAGGAUGAAAAUGGGCUUGUUGCUGACGUCGUAUUUAAGUCUACAAUGCCCUCAUACAUCCGUAAUUCCGCCGGUGGUAAACAAGCAAUCAGGUCAGCAUGAGAUAAGGAUACACUCUCUUUCAAUCGUCCUUUUGUGCAUUUCCAAUGGCUUCUGUUACGACGCGCUCCGUGAUUGCGCUGUUCUCAAGCGCUCGACCUGUUUGCCGCAAUCAAAGCAUGACGCUCCAGGUAUGGACUCCGAUCUAAGCACGGCGUAUGGGUAAGCACCCUCAUUCAAUUACCUUCGGAGGAAUUUGGCUCAUCCUAGCUCCCUGUUCAAAGAAUCAGCAAUGCGCCUUUUCAAUGGCACCGCCGUGAACC